AUGAAACAGAGACAAUUUCUCAAGCGGACUACUGAUAUAUCCCUCUUAAUUGAAUUAAUCUCUUCACCGUACGAAGGCUUAGCGCUAAAGUCGCUACAAAUUAUCGCAGAGUAUGCAAUCGAGAUAUUGUUCUUACGUUACGAAAUAAUCCAUAAAUCAAUUUCUGUUAUCCAUAAUGGUAAAUCGGUGCAAUUUCUUCAAUGUGUAGCUCGUACCAUAAAACAGUGUAUGAACAAACCCUUAACUUUCAUUCCUGGGGUACAUAUAGACGAUCGAGAAUAUUACGUCGCAUUGCGAGACAAUAGUAUCAACAUAUGUAUUGAAGUUACGAAGAUUUUACACUCUCUACUUACUGAAAAAAAUCAAAUUUUAUCAUCAUCCAUUGCAAAUUUAUCACAACAUUCCAAUGAAGAAGUUAUGGCAGCACUUAAGAAAAUACCUGUCGUUCGUAUUUACGAGAUUUUAGCAAGUCAAUCACCGCGUUUAUGUAAAGAUGCACUAGAAAUAUUACAUGUGCUGCUAGUUCACGGAUUUGAUGAUCGUCAUGAUGUUAAGAGUGCUUUACAAUUUUUAUAUGGCCUGGCUAGUUCGGAUAGCAUGUUAUUACAGGGUAUAAUCGAUCACGAUCUAUUCUCCGUUAUCUUCACGGCAACCCGCAAGAUUUCGGACUUGCCAACCGUACUGACAAUAAGAGCUCUGACUGAUAUAGCAAGAUUAGCAACUACUGAGCAGAUUGUGAGAAAAAUAAUAGAAGGAAUGGCAGAAAUUGUCAAGAAGAGCAAGUCAAUAAAAUUCAAGCUAAUCACUGAAAAAUUGCUCAAUUUCUUUGUUUUAGUACUAUUAAAGCUUGAAAUGAUGAGAAGACAUGGUCCGUGGUGGUCCGUUGCACCUUUAGCAAUGGAACUUAUUCACCUAUUGCACCCCAUGGAAAACAAAUACCACAAAUAG